AACGCAAACAAAAAGUAAUAAAAAAGAAUAAUGCCUGACGAAGUUUGAGCACUAUUUAUUUCGAAUCUUAUGCUUUCUGUUGCGUUCACUUGUUCAACAAGCAAUUCAAUUUGUCAUCUUAGUUAACAUUUUUUUUUCUGUCUAUAUUGGUUUGGUUGCUGAGAAAACUGAGGUUAAGAUUAAAAAAAAAACAAGGCUAAAAAGUUUUCAAAAGAGUUUCAUUAGCCAAGCUAGAUUAUAGAUAGUUUGCUGCCACUCAUGGAAUGCAACACAAAACAUUCCUAUAAUUGUGAUUGGGUGCAGGAAUGUGGCAUUGCUAGGCUCAUAAUGAUAUGAUCAAGGUUGAACAUAUGGGUGUCUCUCCAUCACAAGCAAAGACUAAAAAGGGGAACCAUGUUUUCCCUGAAGAAAAUACAUCAGAGCAGGGCCAUGAAAUUGAAAUUGCUACUGGUGUGUCUUGCUCCAGCAUUCACAAAUCUUCUUCUGAAUAUGUGGCUAACGGUUCUUGCCCGCAACCUUUGAGACUGCUUCCUAAAGGUGUUAGUGAGCAUAAUCAUACCGAUCAAAGUUUUUGCGCUCAAGAAACUGUACCAGGAAAGACACAUGAGCGUCAUUCUGGAUAUGUACACAAGGAAACAUCAGAAAAGAAGCAUCAGCCAGGUUCUGAAAUUGUUAAAAUUAAACUUGAAGAAUCCCGUAGUUGGGUUUGUGGCCUUCCCGCUAAACAUUCGAAACCAUUUUCUAAAGGUUUGUCCAAGAAUGCUAUUACUGAAGGUUUGGGGCUGUCACCAGCAGGUUCUAAAAAGGACAACAUACGUAGGGAACCUAGUAAGCCACCAGAGCAAGGACAACAGCUUGAAUUGGAAAGUUUACCAAAUAGUAAAGAGCAAAGCACUACUGCAAUAUCCACGAAUGUUUUUAAUCAAGCUUUGCAAUUGAAUCCUGAAGAUACAAACAAGAGUAACUGUGACAAGCUUUUACAAUCACCUUCUCAAGGUGCGCACAAUGUUAUUCAGAGUGGUAAAAUUGAAGACAUGGCCAAAAAUUCUUGUGCAGAACAACGUGAAACAACGUCCAAGAAUUUUAGCCAAAGCAAGGAUGGAAAAACAUUGAAAACGAUAAAGAAGAAAUAUAUGCUAAGAUCUUCGACAAAUAAUGACAGGACUUUGCCAUCAAAUUCACAAGAGAAAUCUAAACCCGGUCAGCUGAGCAAUAAUUUGGUUGAUGUUGCUUCUAGCGAGCAGGGACAAAGGAGGAAAAAGAAAAGGAGGGAAAAAAGAGAAGUUGUUGAUGAAUAUUCAAGAAUCAGGGGACAUCUUAGAUAUUUAUUGAAUCGAAUAAGCUAUGAGCGCAGCCUGAUUGCUGUAUAUUCUGCAGAAGGCUGGAAGGGCCAAAGCCUAGAAAAGUUAAAACCAGAGAAGGAGCUUCAGCGUGCUACAUCCGAAAUUCUUCGACGCAAAUUGAAAAUCAAAGAUCUAUUUAAACGCAUUGAUUCAUUAUGUGCUGAAGGAAGGCUUCCUGAAUCUUUAUUUGAUUCUGAAGGACAAAUCGACAGUGAGGAUAUAUUCUGUGCAAAAUGUGGGUCCAAAGACCUGUCUCCUAACAAUGAUAUCAUUCUGUGUGAUGGUGCUUGUGAUCGUGGAUUCCAUCAAUAUUGCUUGCAACCGCCUUUGUUAAAAGAAGACAUUCCUCCCGAUGAUGAGGGUUGGUUAUGCCCUGGAUGCGAUUGCAAAGUUGAUUGUAUUCAACUGCUUAAUGAAUUUCAAGGAACAAGUUUCUCUCUUACUGACAAUUGGGAGAAGGUCUUUCCUGAGGCAUUGGUAUCUGAAGAUGGAGAAAAUCAAGAUCCUAACUUCAGACUACGUUCAGAUGAUUCUAAUGAUAAUGACUAUAAUCCUGAUGGUUCAGAAACUGGUGAGAAAGGUGAGGGAGAUGAGUCGAGUUCUGAUGAAUCCGAUUUCACUUUUACAUUUGAAGAAUGGGAAGUUCCAGCUAAUGUUGAUCCGAAAUUGGGGGAGUUUCCAUCUGAUGACGCAGUGGGUGAUGAUGAUGAUUAUGAUCCUAAUGGAUCAAAUCAUGAUACUGAGACAAGCCGGGAAAGCUCAAGUUCUGAUUUUAGGUUUGAUUCUGAGGAUCUUGGUUAUAUGUUAGAAGAUGACAUUGCUUCCCAAAAAGAUGAAGACCCCAUGUCUAAUAGUGCUUCCACAGUUUCCAAGAGACGAAAAUCUAAAUGUGGGGGAAAGGAGUCUUUGAAGGACGAGCUGUUAUCAAUACUGGAAUCAACUUCUGAACAAGAUGGUGCUGCUGUUUCUAAGAAACGAAACAACGAAAGGUUGGACUACAAAAGGUUAUAUGAUGAGACGUAUGGCAACAUUCCUUCAAGUUCCAGUGAUGAUGAAGAUUGGAACGAUGCCACUACAUCGAGAAAAAGGAUGAAAUGUACUAUAAGAGCGACACCAACGUUGUCAAAUGGAAAUGCUUGUGCAAGUAGGAGUGAAGAGACCAAUUUUAAUGAUACAGAUUUAUCACUUGCUGAAGAGGGAGGCGUAACUGUAUCUGGUUCAAGUGGUAAAAAAUCUGGUUCAACAUAUAGAAGACUAGGGGAAGCUGUAAAGCAGAGACUUAACGAGUCUUUCAAGGAAAACCAGUAUCCCGAUCGAUCCACGAAAGAGAGUUUGGCUAAAGAGCUAGAUAUAACUUUCCACCAGGUCAGCAAAUGGUUUGACAACGCUCGCUGGAGCUUCAAUAAUUCAUCAUCUAUUCACGAAAGUGCAAUCGAAAAAGUUUCAGAAAAUGAAAUUCCCUCAGCUCUUGAAACGAAGAAUUGAAGGUGAAGAUGUACAGGAGAACUCGAAAUGGUCAAUGGAUGGAUUCAGGCAUCCGAUUUAGAUUCGAAUUCUUUCUUGGGUAAGCUUUAAAUUAAGGCAUAGAGGCAGGCAACAGACAAGGAAUUUGUUAGUUGAAAAAAAUGAAUUUUGUAUUUUUCAUUGCCCUAUUAGAAAAUUUUAACCUGGCACUUAGCUAGACAUUGCAAGUCAUUGUGUGUUCAGGUUGUGUUUGUAUAUUCUGUAAUGUAAUUAUUAUAUUCAAAGUAUUUUGUUUUUUUUAUACAUUUUGAUAAUUAAUAAUUUGUAUUAUAUAAA